CUUCACCAUCUUGUAUUUCUAGAACUUUUUCGGCACCGACUUAUUCCGCUCCGUUUCUGCCCCUCACCAUGUUUUGCCGCCUCAAGUCAACCCCACCCUCCCUCUUCUCUUCUCUGAAUUGCUCUUUCCAUCCUUCCACUCGGUCAUUCUCAUCCACAUCCGCAAUCAUGUCUCAGGUCUACUUCGAUGUUCAGUACGCCCCCGUCGGCACCUCUGCCGCCAAGAUUGGCCGCAUCAACUUCAAGCUCUUCGAUGACGUUGUCCCCAAGACCACCAAGAACUUCCGUGAGCUUUGCUUGAAGUCCGAGGGCCAGGGUUACAAGGGAUCCGGUUUCCACCGUGUCAUCCCCCAGUUCAUGCUCCAGGGUGGUGACUUCACCCGCCACAACGGUACCGGUGGUCGCUCCAUCUACGGUGAGAAGUUCGCCGAUGAGAACUUCACCUUGAAGCACAACAAGCCCGGUCUUCUCUCCAUGGCCAACGCUGGCCCCAACACCAACGGCUCCCAGUUCUUCAUCACCACCGUUGUCACCUCGUGGCUCGAUGGCAAGCACGUCGUUUUCGGUGAGGUCGCUGACGCUGCCUCCAUGAACGUCGUCAAGGAGAUUGAGGCCCUUGGCUCCUCCUCCGGCUCCGUCCGCUCCGCUGUCAAGCCCACUAUCGUCAGCUGCGGUGAGUGCUAAAUUAUCAGAUCUUUAUGAUCUGAUAUAGGCGGUCUUGUCUCUUUUAAGCGUAUGUCUUCUGGACGGGACAGUAGUGCAGUGCAACUGGCGAGUCUUUUUGUAUGGUGGUCCUUUUCGCGCGAUGUAAUCUAGACAGUGUACCAAGCUAGUCAUGCAACCUUCCUUGUACAGGAGACUCAAAAAAUCAUUUGUUUACCUGUAAGACCAUGUUCCUGUACCUG